AUGCUCUCGACCCUCAGAUCCAGGCUCGUGCGCGUCUGCGUGCGGUGCGAGUCCACCGCACGCCCCCUCCACCCUGUCGCGCAGCUUAGCCGUGAUCUCACCCAGGCGUUGCGCGGCCCACUUGGCGCCAACGACGCCUACAAAACCUUCAAGGACGGCCUUUACGAGCUCUCACAGAACCUGGACCAGCCCGAACACACACUACAGCGCUCUUUCGGGCUUAACUCCGUGCUAGUCCAGCUGCUUGAAGCCUCCAAGGCCGGUCUGAAGGGCUCGGCCGCGCGCGACGGCGGCGACGCAACGACCCUGCCUCCCAACCCCUACGAAAUCCUCGCCACCAUGUGCGAAAACAACCUGGCGCGUGACGCACACUUCGAAGUCGUGCUUGAGUACCUGCUACUUGCGCAAUCGCCCCAGGACGUGCUCGGAUUGUGGGUCAAGUAUCUCGAAACCAUCGCUGAAAACCCCAAAGCGGUCACGUACGGUGCCCACCACACGAACAACAUGGCGCUCGCGUCCAUCGGUUACCUGCUCUUGCCGGACAACGUCCCCGAUCUCUCCGUUCUCGCACAAGUCCUGAAACAAGACGGCCAUCUCGACAAGAUUCCAUUUUCCAGGAUCAGAUACUUAUUGGGCAAGUUGCCAUUUACGGCCGAUGUACGCAACCAGGCUUCUCACAACCUCGACCAGCUCAUGUUCCAAUUCGCACAUACCAACAAGCCCUCUUUUUUGCAACAUCUUAAUUCUUUGCGCCAGGAGAAGGAUGUGUACCACUUGUUUCAAACCUACGCUCGUGUGGCCAAAGAAGCCAAUAAGCCCAUGGAUCCAGAAGUCGUGGCUGCUUUUAUGACGGCAUUGGUGCACUUUGGAAAGCCCCAAUUGGCUCUCAACUGUUUCAAUACGACCAAACAACAAGGCGAUCCUGAACUCCCCGUGGACAAUGCUCUUCUCGUGACUGUUGCCAGUCUGCCAGUCAGCAGACUACGUGCAAGAGAGGAAAAGUUGAAGAGAAUCGAAGCAAUUUGGAAUUCUGUCAUUCUUCCUCGUCAAGCCACAGUUGAUGUCUCUUCUUACAAUGCGCUUGCUACCGCACUAGGAAUCAGUCGUAAUUACGACAAAGUUCAACAACUCUGGAAUCAAGAAAUACCUGCAGAAAUGAAGGAAGAUCAAGAGUUGCUUGAGGCCUACCUAACUGCUCUAUGUGGUUCCCGCGAUACAGCUCUCGAGGAUAUCAAAAACAAGUUGCCUGCUCGUAUUAACUCUAUCAAGUUGGCCAACGCUGUUUUGGCUCGUAUGGCCAAGGAAAAAUCGCCAGAGAGCGAAAUCGACUCAUUCUAUCGCGCGCAAUUCACAGAUGCAGAUGCUCCUUUGCAACCCAAUUUUGAGACUCUCGGGAUAAAAAUGUACGUCAACUCUCUCAAUACCAAUAAUCCUGAGUUUCAAUUCUUGAGAAGUAUCUCAAAGAGUAAAAAAGAUAUCAACACUACCAACGCCAUAUUCGAACGUUUUAUUAAAGUUUGUCCGGAUAUUGAAACUAUUAGAAAACUGUUCCUCGAGAUUGAAGAGCCACUGGAUGCUAAAAAAUACGGUUUAAUGAUUUUUGCAGAAUUUUACAAUGGAAACUAUGCAGAGGCCGAAACUGUGUUUAAGAAGUUUGUUACUAAAGCUAAAAGCUUGAACAUGGUAUCGAGAGCGAUUUUAGACCCUAUAAUUAACGGCUUUUGUGACUUAUGCUUGAAAUCUGGUGACGCCGGAUACUUGAGCAGAGUGGAACUGUAUAUGCAGAUCGCAAAAAAGGCACGAGGCCAACUUUCCUACAAUGCAGCAUCUAGAGUCGUUUACACAUUGGCGACUAUGGCCAAAAAUAGGAAGAGCAAGUUCACAGCCCAAGAACUGAAGCACAUUGAGACUAUCUUGCAAGACAUUUUGGAGAUGGAAAACUUCACCCCUUUGAAGAAAAAUCUCGACAUUUUGAAAGAAAAUGGCGUUUCUAUACCCGAGCGUGAGUAA